AAAUUAGCCCCUCCACUUCACGGUCAGCCCCACUCCCCUGACGGAAAGCACCCGUAUCUCGGCCCAAAACUCUCUCUCUCUCUCUCUCUCUCUCUCUCUCUCUGUAUAUAUGUUUUUGUAAAGAAUGGUACAUGGCCAGAUGGUAAAUAAUUUGGGAAGCAGAAAAGGGCAAAACGGCCGUGUGAAAUGGAUGGGUAGCAGUGAAGCACGGCGGUAAAAGGAAUUCCAGAACUUCCAGUUCCUUUAAACUUUCGUUUUCCGAUUCGGAAUUUCAUUUCAUUUCAUUACCUGCACCCGACCAGAAUUAUCGCCUAUUAAGUCUCCUGUGAAGUUUCCCAAUUGGGGUCUGAUUGUACUGCCAGAUUUUACUCCAGGGAUUCAGUGUGCAUUACAGCCUCAUGACUUCUUCUGCAAAUGAUCUUUCCGAUAAUAGUGAAGCUGAUGAGCAGCAAAAGCAUUCAGAAUCUCAGAUUCAGUCUUUGUCUCCUGCAACUGGAAUGUCUCAUCCUGGUAUUAGUAGUCAAAAUGUUCAGUAUCAAACACCUCAGCAGCUUGGAGCAGCGCAUGCUUUGGCACCAGCAGUAUACCCAUAUCCAGAUCCCUAUUAUAGAAGCAUCUUUGCCCCAUAUGAUUCACAGCCAUAUCCUCCACAAACCUAUGGUCAACCGAUGGUCCAUCUUCAGUUAAUGGGAAUUCAGCAAGCUGGGGUUCCUUUGCCUUCAGAUGCAGUUGAGGAACCUGUUUUUGUGAAUGCGAAACAAUAUCAUGGCAUUAUGCGGCGUCGACAGUCUCGUGCAAAAGCUGAAUUGGAAAAUAAAGUUCUCAAGUCACGAAAGCCAUAUUUGCAUGAAUCUCGACAUUUGCAUGCAUUGAGAAGAGCUCGAGGAUGUGGGGGUCGGUUUCUCAAUUCAAAGAAAAAUGGGAACCAACAGAAUGAGGUGGCAUCAGGUGACAAAUCACAGUCCAACAUCAAUCUCAACUCUGAUAAAAAUGAUAUUGCUUCCUCAGAUGGCACAUCUUGAGCUUUUGGAAGCAACGCAUGCGAUGGGCUGCAUGAACCCGUUAUUCAUAAACAGUGUCAAUUAGCCAAGGUUCUAUUCCGGCCCCAAAAGUCUCACUAUUGCUUCCUUCUGAAUCUAUACUUAGAAUCCAUAGUAUGUAUAGCUUAUCCCGUAGCCAGUUUGUAGGGAGGUUGCAGAAAUAGUGUUGUUGAAGUGCGGUAACUAUUAUCUUCUCCAUGAUGGAUUUUCUUGAAGGCUUGUCCUUUUUUUUUUCCCUAUGAGAGUGAUGGUUAGCCUGCUGUGUGGGCAUAUAUCUUUGUGAUUAAAUCUGUGGCAAAGCCAAGACUUCCUAACAUCAAAGUUGUGUCAUGUGGAUUGUUUGGUUAUGUAUAUCAUUAGCUUUGCAAAGAUUAGAUUGGCCAUUGGUGUUUGUAUCAGGCCUCGGAUUCUGUUGUCAGCUGGGAGAAUAAGUUAGAUUUGUUUUUUUUUUAGAUUGUGUUGAGUCUAUGGGGGUGCUUGUCAUAGUAUUUUGUAAUGUAUUUAUUUGUACAGAGUUGUAUGGCUAAUGGAAGUGUUAGCAUCUUCUUUGAA